GAUUUCGUAAUAGGAGCUCCUCUGACGUCACGGCUGUUUCCUCUCCUCCUCACUUUCACUCCCCCCGCUGUUAGAGCAGAGCCAGCCCGUCCUCCCUGCCCCUGUCUCGGUCUUGUUCCUGUCGGAGGAGAACACCGUCCCGGAGCCUCCAGGCCGUGAGAAGAUGCGGGCAGCGGCGCACACGCUAGCCGCAGUGCUGGCUCUGUUUGCCGCAGUGUCCGGGUCGCGGGCGGAGGUGAUCGAUGACAUCCUGAGCAGCCUGAACAGAGGAGCAUCCUUCCUGGAGCGACAGCACGAGCACAUCAACCUGGACGGGGUGGUGGGGUUCCUCAUGCUGCAGGCUGAGCUGAAGGAGGCCGUUCGGACGUGGCCUCACACAGACCCCGUCAGCUGGGCCCAGAGAACCACCUCCGUGGCUCUGGUGAAAAGACUGGACCAGAGCUUUGAGAAGGCCGUCACCGCCCUGCAGCAGAACGACCCGAAGUACUUCAGAGAGUUUGAGCCUCUGCUAUCCUGGACUUUCUGGUUGAUUCCUCAGGGCUGGAGCUCCACAGACCCCAGCCUGGUCUACUCCUCCACCAUGACCACAGAGUGCUACGACGAGCAGCUCAGUGACAAAUGUCUGACCCUGCUGCUGGGUACCUGGAAGAUGAACGGGACGCCCUGCAUCGUCACCAAACCCUGUCGGGACACCAUGACUCGUUUCGGUUGUCCACAUUACUCCCUUUCCCACCAGCUGCUCUACUUCAUGAUCGGGAAAAUGAGAGGCUGCACCAACCUGCUGAAAGGCGACACCCGAGCAUCCCGAGCCAACAUGACCGAACGCAGCUACGAGAGGAUCUUCUGCUCCAACAUGAUGAAGACCAACCAGGACAUCAUCCGAGACGGGCUGACCGAGCAGACGGUGGACAUCUUCAUCGAGAACAUCCUCAUUUGUGGAUUGGCUGGUUUCUCCGACUUCUACAAAGCUGAUUGGCUGCAGCACAUCCUCCGGCUCCAGGAUGAGGAAGUGGGCUGCUUUGGGAGGGACAAGAGCAUCAUCUCUCAGAUCAUCGGAGACGAGCUGCUGGAGCAGCUGCAGCCUCACAGGAGGGUGAAGAGGAGGGAGAAGAUACUGCCGGAUGGCUGCUCCAGUCACAUGACCGCAGUGGCUGUGGGAGCUCUGGGAGGAUACCUGAACUACUACCUGACAGAACAGGACAUAACGAAGAGGCCUCUCUCCUGAACCCUGUCUCCCCUGCUCUGAUUCCCUCCCCCUCCUCACAGAUGUAUCUCCCUCUGAUAAAAACUUCAUCAGGUAGAGACGGAGACGCCCGACACGACAUGUUUCUUUAUGAACAUAAUGAUGAUUAAUAAAACUCGGGGACGUGGCUGUUGUUCACAUAUUGGAAACUUUCUUUCUUCCAAUGCUUUUUUUAUGAUCAUGUCCUGUGUCUGGCCCUCAAUCAUAGAGCUAAUUAAUCCUACAUGAGCAGAAAUAACAGGUACUCUUUAGAAAUAACUUGAUCAACUCUUAUUUUGAUCUUCAGAUGCAGCUUUUGUUCCCGUCCAUGUGGGUCUUCACGCUGAUGUUGUCCCCACAUGAUUGCAGGCAGCCUGUGAUCCAACAAGCUUAAGAUUUUUUAACUUUCUGAAUAUAACGAGGCCUUUUGAGGAUUUUUUGUGGACACUUAAGUUUCAUAUUUUUCUAUAGAGUAACCCAAUGUUUGGUUUUUGCACUUCUCCCGGCCACAUAAACUCCCCAACUAGUUCAGAUGUGUAUUUUUAACAUAAAGCCAAAUGGAGGACACUAAUUUAAUUAAGUUGUACUUGAUAUUAUAGCUGCUCUUGUAGACAUGGUUCUGUUAGCAGCAGAAAUCAUCUGCUUCCUGACUGAAAGAUAACUGGCUCAGCCGAAGCCUUUACGCUGACAGACACGCCCCCUUUAUCGAACAUCACUCACUUAUUGGACGCUGUAGUGGCUCAGACUUCUCUAAAACUUCACAUCAGAUGAGUUUAAUAACGGCGAAAGACGGACCUUAAAACAGUCACUAAGAUCAUAAACACACGUCUGUUUCUAAACAGAUGUGUGUGAUGAGCUGACAUUAAAAAGUGUUUGAUGUGAGUUUUAAGAGGAUUACUCCCGAGUUUUAUAGGCCUAUCUGUUUAUUUCAGAUUCACUGUAUAAAGAAAUAGAGUCAUAAAGCCUAAUAUCAUAGAUAGAAUAGAAAUAUUCAAGCAAUAUAAUUAUCUCGUGCACAAGAUAAAAAAUAUUUUUUAGGGGGACUUCAGAGGCUCCGUAUAGAAAACAAAGCAGGUUCCAGCUUCUUACAUUUUCUGCUUUUCUUUCUCGUUUAUGAAAGUGAGGGAACGUGUGUGAAGAUGUGAAGACAGACAGAGAAUCACAGAGCAGCUUGUUGACUUGUCUGUUUUAGAAAGGUACUAAAUUAACCGUUACAGGCAGCAAAUUCCAGAGAGGUGUGAGGUGAGCGGGUUUCAGAUGCUGUUGGAUGAUUUAUGUUUGUUGGCUUUUUGUUUGAAGCUCACUGACCUUUAGUGGUCGUUUUUACAGGGUCUUUUCUGCAGAAUCUGUAAACAUUUUAUAAGAAUAGUAAACAAUAUCAUCAUUAAAACAUAAGCGCAACAUCCUCCUGAAAAUAUGUAGCAAACAUGUACCAAAGCAUAAAAGAAGACACAAUGUGUUCCUGUUUUCAUCCAAAAAUAAUACUCUUUAUUUUCUUUAAAUAAUUGCUUUUCACAAACGUAUUAAAUACAGAGCCGCAGAGAGGGCCAGCACUGACAUCAGAGGGUAUAUGCAUGGACUUUGAAUGCAUGUUAAUAAACUUGCAUACAAAAUGUUAUCAUGUGUUUCAUGUUAGAGAAUAAACAACCGAUAAAACAAA